UACGGAGGGGAGUGAAAGAUGGCGGCGGAAACGCUGCUGUCCAGCCUGUUGGGGCUGCUGCUUCUGGGGUUCUUGUUACCUGCAAGUCUGACCGGCGGUGUUGGGAGCCUGAACCUGGAGGAACUGAGUGAAAUGCGUUACGGGAUCGAGAUCCUGCCAUUGCCCGUCUUGGGAGGGCAGAGCCAAGCUUCGGACGUGGUGAUCGUCUCCUCUAAGUACAAACAGCGCUACGAGUGCCGCCUGCCAGCUGGAGCUAUCCACUUCCAGCGUGAGAGAGAGGAGGAAGCACCUGCUUACCAAGGGCCUGGCAUCCCCGAGUUGUUGAGCCCCAUGAGAGACGCUCCCUGCCUGCUGAAGACCAAAGACUGGUGGACGUACGAGUUCUGCUACGGACGCCACAUCCAGCAGUACCACAUGGAAGACUCAGAGAUCAAAGGUGAAGUCCUCUAUCUCGGCUACUACCAAUCGGCCUUCGACUGGGAUGAUGAGACAGCCAAGGCCUCCAAGCAGCAUCGCCUGAAACGCUACCACAGUCAGACCUACGGCAAUGGGUCCAAGUGCGACCUCAAUGGGAGGCCCCGGGAGGCUGAGGUUCGGUUCCUCUGUGACGAGAGCGCAGGAAUUUCUGGGGACUACAUCGAUCGUGUGGAUGAGCCCCUGUCGUGCUCCUAUGUGCUGACCGUUCGCACUCCUCGCCUCUGCCCCCACCCUCUACUCCGGCCCCCGCCCAGUGCUGCUCCACAGGCCAUUCUCUGUCAGCCAUCCCUGCAGCCCGAGGAGUACAGAGCCUACCUGCAGAGACAAGAUGCAGACUCAAAGCUGGAUGACCAUAAAGUCGUGGAGGAGGCACAGGAGCUGGAGCCUGAAGCGUGGAGUGAGGCCAAGCCUGGGGUGGCACCCCCAAAGGGAGAAGGUGCAAGCGCAGCCAAGGAUGACAACAAGCAAUCCGAUUUCUGGAAGAUGCUCCAGGAGCCAGAGGACCAGGCCCCAGCAGGGGAAGAAGCCCCAGCAGAGGAGCAGGACCCGAGCCCGGAGGCAGCAGACCCAGCUCCAGCCCCUGCCAGUGACUUUCAGAACAACGUGCAGGUCAAGGUCAUUCGGAGUCCUGCAGACUUGAUUCGAUUAAUAGAGGAGCUGAAAGGUGGAGCCAAAAAGGGGAGGCCAAACACAGCCCCGGAGGAGCCUGAAGAGGAUGCCACAGAAGCCCCUCCACAGGAAGCAGAGGGGAAGGAGAAAGGGGAGACAGAACCCCAGAGUGAGGCUGGGGAAGAAGAAGAAGACGGGGAUGAGGACGAGGAUGAAGAUGAGGAUGAGCGGCAGCUGCUCGGAGAAUUUGAGAAGGAGCUGGAAGGGAUACUACUCCCAUCUGACCGAGAGAGGUUGCGCUCCGAGGUGAAAGCCGGCAUGGAGCAGGAGCUGGAGAACAUCAUCCAGGAGACCGAGAAGGAGCUGGACCCCGAUGGGCUGAAGAAGGAGUCUGAGAGUAGGCGGGCCAUGCUGGCUUUGACGUCCACUCUCAGCAAACUCAUCAGAAGGCUGGAGGAGAAGCAGAGUCCAGAGAUGCUGCGGAAGCCCCGGAGAAGGAAGGUUGUGCCCCGAAAGCCUCCCCCGUCACCCCAGCCUGCAGAGGAGGAUCCUGAGCACAGAGUCCGGGUCCGGGUCACCAAGCUCCGUCCCGGAGGCCCCAAUCGGGAUCUCACCGUCCUGGAGAUGGAACGGGAAAACCCGCAACUGAGACAAAUCGAGGGGCUGGUGAAAGAGCUGCUGGAGAGGGAGGGACUCCGAGCCCAAGGGAAGAUCGAAAUCAAAAUUGUGCGGCCUGGGGCCGAAGGGACUGAGGAGGAUGCGCGCUGGCUGACUGAUGAGGAUACGAAAAACCUCAAGGAGAUUUUCUUCAAUAUCCUGGUGCAGGGAGCUGAAGAGGCCCACAAAGAACGGCAGCGACAGAAAGAGCUGGAAAGCAAUUACCGCCGUGUAUGGGGCUCUCCAGGCGGUGAGGGCACAGGAGACCUGGAGGAGUUUGACUUCUGAGACCUGGAGCCAUCCCAGCCGACCGGCCCUGCCUCUUCCCCACCCUGGGGUAUCCCCUCCACUGAAGGCAAAACAGCCAAUGCUGAGCUAUGGAUUUUGGGGCCUCAGCCUGGGUGGGAAGAGAGCUGUGGGGUGCCUGCUGCUGAGAGCCGCCACGAGGCUACUGGGCCUGUGGCCUUUGCCCUUCCACACUCUCGCUAUGUCACCUUCCCUUGCUCCUCGGCCCUCCCCACCACCAGCCCCUGAGUUGGGGAAUCUUCCCUCCUGUCUGCCUGGAGCCUGGGACCAGCUACCUAGGGGAGAGUGCAGCGGGGAGAGCCGGAGAAGGAGGGCAACUUAGCAGGCUCCCUUCCACGCUGCUGUUGAGGUUUCUGUUUCCCCUCCCUUGUGGUUGCCUUGGGUUUCCUUCUCCCUUUCCUGUGCACCUGGCCCUUUCCACCUGCGCUUCCGAGGUCGGGAAAGCCUCACCUCUGUGGCCCAGGAAGUGGGGGAAUGCUGCCCAUCAUCUCCAACACAAUCCCAGCCAAGAACAGGGUGGGCACAGAGCCACCCACCUCUUUUUGAACAAUCAGGUUUCUAAAUAAAGAACUGGACCAUCA